AUGGACCGCCAACACCGCGCCGACGAGCGCGCCCCCCUGCUGUCCGACCGCCCGGCCUCAGCCCCGGCGGACGACCGCAUCGAGGAGGGCGUAAUCCACUGGCGCUCCGAGCUGGCGCUGCUGCUCAAGUACUCGCUGCCGCUCAUCGCAACUUACCUGCUGCAGUACUCGUUCUUCGUCAUCACAAUCAUGAUAGCCGGUCACCUCGGCGCAGACGACCUCGCCGCAGCCAGCGUGGGCUCAAUGACAAUGAACGUCGUGGGGUUGUCCAUCAUGGAGGGCAUGGCGACCGCUCUCGACACCCUGUGCGCCCAGGCCUACGGCUCCGGCCACAAGGUCGGCGUCGGCCUCCACAUCCAGCGCAUGAUCGUGCUUAUGGGGCUCUCGCUGGUCCCCAUUGGGCUGGCUUGGAUCUUCUCGCCAUGGAUACUGCCUCUUUUUGUCAAGCAGCACCAUCUCGCUGUCAAGGCGGGCGUGUUCCUCCAGUACAGCCUGGUCGGGCUGCCUGGCUAUGGAGCCUUUGAGGCCGGGAAGCGAUUCCUCCAGGCCCAGGGGGACUGCAAUGUCGGCAUGAUUGUGCUCAUUAUCUGUGCACCAGUCAACGCUGCGCUGAGCUACUGGCUUGCCUUCCCCAUGGGAAUGGGCCUUGGGGGUGCUGCCCUUGGGUCUGCCCUGAGCAAUAAUCUGAGGUUCAUCCUCUUGUUUCUAUACAUCAUGUCACCCUUUGGGAAAUGGUCCCACGUCUGCUGGGGCGGCUUCUCGAGAGAUGCACUCCGGAACUGGGGCCCGAUGGCAUCCCUUUCCUUUGCUGGCGUGAUUGUUCUGAUCGGGGAAUGGGCCGCAUUCGAAAUAUUGACCUUCAGCACGUCGUACCUGAGUACUGACCAUCUCGCGGCCCAGACACUGUUGACCACUGCAAUCGUCGUUGUCUGGCACAUCCCAUUCUCCAUCAGCGUCGCAUUAUCCACCCGCGUAGGCCACCUCAUUGGCGGUGGCUUUGUAGACACCGCACGGCGUGCCACUGCUCUGUACUUCUUCGUCUUCGUCUUCGUCGGCCUGUUCAACGCCGCUGUCCUCUACUUCUUCCGGUCCCCGAUCGUGUCCGUGUUCACCAAGGAUCCGGCCAUUCGCGAGCUUGCAGUCGACUCCAUGUGGCUAGCUGCCGUCUUCGAGGUCAUCGACUCUGUCGUCAGCGGGACCAACGGCCUGCUGCGGGGUCUAGGGAAGCAGAGCGCCGCCGCUUAUAUCGCUGUCGGUGUCAACUAUCUUGAAGCCGUACCACUUGCCAUCUGGUUAGAGCUCGGCGCGCCAGCGCUUGGGAUAGACGGAGUGUGGAUCGGGUUUGGCUCAGGCGUUGCUCUUACCAUUGCCCUGGAAUGCCUCUACGUGAGGCUGCUGGACUGGCAAAGUGUCGUUGACAAGGUGAAAUGCAGGGAAGAUGUCAACGACUGA